AAGAAGAUCCCACCGGAUAUCGGUAUUGGACAUAUGAACAAAUUUGACGUCUGUCAAUAAGACAACAGCAAUGGCUGGCAGCCGACUUGAAAAGUUUGGAACCGUGUUCACCCGGGUUCGAGAUCUGAUGCGCUCUGGCGUUAUAAAGCCGUUAGAGAAACCCAUCUGGUAUGAUGUAUACGAGGCCUUCCCUCCCAAGAGGGACCCACUUCACGUAAAGCCGCACACCAGACCCGUUACCAAGAAACAAGAAACUGUGCCUGAAAUCUUCUACAAAGAGGAUGAAGUCAGAGCGAAGUUCUACGUGAAGUACGGGACGGGUCCUCGGCCUUUGGAUCUGUCUAAGUCCAACUUUGUUUCAACAUGUCAGAGGUUUGUAGACAAGUACACAGAGUUGAAGAGCCACGGUGAGCUGCAGGACUCUGCUCUGUUUGAAGAGGCAGGGAAGGCGUUGCUCAAAGAGGGCAUCAUGCUGAGGCGCAGAGGAGCUCGUCUUGUGGAAGCAGAGUCCAGGGAUCCAGUGCUUGAGCUGAAGCUAACAGACAUGUUGGCGGAGCAGCAGUCGGUCAGUGCUGACAGCGAGGAGAGCACAGACACAAACACGCCAUAGACCUCAUCUGCUCAAGGCCCAUUUGGUGGGCUGCAGAAACUGCACAGCACAUAUGCCGUUUAACUAAAAGAGACCCGUUUUCCUACUGCUCAUCUGGAAGUGAUGGCUUCUGCAGGAAUACCUUCAUUUCAACCACCAACUCAACUCUGUCUGCGAUCACAACGUCAGGAACUGCUCUGUGGACGUCAAUGCCAGCUUCCUGUUUCCUGAAGCAAUGCCACUUUCCAUAGGAUGUUGACAUUAAAGAAUCAAUAUAUAUA